AGGGCGGAGCCGGCGGCGCGGUGCGCGCAGGUGGGGAUGGGCGCGGGGCUGCUGCUCCGGCUGCUGCUGCUCGCGGGGGCCGUGUCCGUGCCCGCGGCGGGGCCCGGCGGCUCCCACUCCUACCGGUCUUUCUACACGGGAGUGUCAGAUCCUGGCCCAGACCUGCCUGCCUUCACUGCCCUGAGCUACGUAGAUGACCAGCAAAUUCUCCACUAUGAUAGCGAAACACAGAGAGUGGAGCCACGUGCAGAUUGGGUGCAGGGGGCCGUCGACCCAGACUACUGGGACAGGGAAACGGAGACGUUGCAGGGCUGGGAGCAGAAAUUCGGAGUGAAGCUUCGCACCUUGCAGUUUCGCUACAACCAGACAGGCGGGUCUCACACUCUCCAGCUCAUGUACAGCUGUGAGCUUGGUGAAGAUGGCAGCCCUGGAGCCUAUGUGAAGUUGGGCUAUGAUGGGAGAGACUUCCUCAGCUAUGAUCCUAAAAAGCGCACCUGGGCAGCAGCCCCAGCAGAGACCCAGGUCACCCAGCGCAGGUUAAAUGAGUAUAAGGCCUUUCUUCAGAGUGCAGCAACCUACAUGGAGGAGACCUGCAUCGAGUGGCUGCGGAAGUACCUGCAGCACGGGAAGGCAGCGCUGCAGAGCAAGCACCCUGUGGCACAGGUGAACGACAGGCUGUCAUCCCGGGAUGGACUCACCACCCUGUCCUGCUGGGUCCACGGCUUCUACCCCAAGGACGUGGCUGUCGUCUGGCUGAAGAACGGGGAGGCGCAGCCCCAGGAAACAAGCCGCUCAAGGGUCCUUCCCAGUGGCGAUGGGACCUACCAGAUCUGGGCCACCAUCAAGAUCAACCCCAGCAGGAGCCACGAUUACACCUGCAGUGUGGAGCACGUGAGCCUGGGUGCAGCCCUGAGAGUGGCCUUGGACAAGAGCAGGGUGGAGCCUGAGUUCAACCUGAUGCUGAUCACAGGCCUGGUUGUCACUGUGGUGCUUGUUGUUGCCGUGUCAGGCUCAGCUGUUUCCUUCCUCAGGAGGCAGGGAGUGGGGUACAGAGCAGCACCUGCUAAAUGGAUCCCGGUGAAGUCUGCACCACCUCCUGAGGGGCUCAUGGAGGAGGAGAGAGAACAACACAGAGCAACGCACUUCAGCCUAUUUGCACCUUCAUUUUAGCCAUGAUUCUGUCAGAACAAAGCCCCUUGCCCUCGGACAGCACAUAGCUCAUGUGUGACAUGGAAACUCUGCUUGGCUGCAGCCUGGCAGGGGUGGGAGCAGGGGUGUUCUGGGCAUUGCUUAUUGUAGUUUUGCAACGUUCCUUGUUUGAAACAAAAGAAAAAACAAGUUAGAGGUGAGAUGCCCUGGAGAAAGGAGUCUUAGAGCAGGGAAAUGAGCAGGGGCUUGCAUGAAUCGGUGCCCUGGAGCCCCCUUCCCUCUGUCUCCAAGUUAACUACAACAUAAACUUCACAGUGUCUUUUUGCAGGGACUAAGUUGCUGUUCAGCUUGUGUAGUUCCUGUCUGCUGCUCCGGUUUGCCCAGUGCACAGCGCCUGCUCUCUGCAUCCUGGGAACAACUGCAGGACAAGGCUGUGUCCACAGGGUGACUCGCACCAGUAGCACCAUCAGGACAUGGAUCAAACUGGGAUAAGAGGAAUUUCUUAUCUAACCUGGUGCCCAGGUGGCUGAACACCCCGCUGCUGUCCUGGAUGCCAGACUCCACCGGGGCAUCAGCUGCUUGGUGCUGGGUGUGCAGAGGAGGCCUAGGCUGGGCAGGUGCAGCCCCAGAUGCUCUGGUCCUUUUCCCUGGCCUUAGGUCCAAUGGACACAAUCUUGUUUUCCUCCUUUCCCUUUUCCUUUCCUUUUGUUUGGGGGGAGAAAGGGGGAGGAAGAGUUUAAGACUGUAAGAGCUUCUUUAGAGAAUAAAUGUGCACAUCUGGCA